ACAGUACCAAAUUAUCAGAUUAUUUCUUUUUUCCGGUCUUGACCGAUCUAUCUAAUUACUAAGGAAACAACAGUACCCUAGUUCAUCUCUCAUUCCUGAAUUCAUCUGUUCUCUCUGAUUAGUUUACGAGCUUUCAGGUUAACUCCGCCUACUAAACCGAAUUCUAAAAUCACACUCUAGAUUCAUAAAUCCUAUUCCGAUGUAAUGGGAUUAUCAAAUUACUCAUUGAAAUAGUUCACUUCAGUUCAGCUUUUCAAUGACGUUUCUUCGAUCAAUUCUAUUCUUCAUCCUUCUAAUACAACUUUACUUUGUAAAAUCAAAUGGAAAUGAUGAAGAGUUCACAGAGGAAUUACUUAUAAAACCAUUACCAGAUCGUAAGGUCCUUGCACAUUUCCAUUUUGAUACUAAAACUCCUCCGACUAAAACUUAUGGACAUCAUCAUCGUCUAUUCCCAAAAGCCAUUUAUCAGUUGGUCCAGAAAUUUCGGAUCCGGGAAAUGGAGCUGUCAUUCACACAAGGUCGCUGGAACUAUGAAAGGUGGGGGGCAUUUGAUCCUAUGUCAAGCAGCAACGCCAAGCCUCCUGGAGUUGAGUUAUGGGCUGUCUUUGAUGUCCCACCUCACCAGGUUGAUGCAAACUGGAAGAAUCUUACCCAAACACUUUCAGGUCUCUUUUGUGCGUCAAUCAACUUCCUAGAAUCUUCCACUGCAUAUUCUGCUCCUGCUUGGGGAUUUCAGACAUUUUCAGGCAAGCUGAGAUAUGGGGCAUUGCCACGUGAGGCUGUUUGCACAGAGAACCUGACACCUUGGUUGAAGUUACUUCCUUGCCGAGACAAAGCUGGGCUUGCCUCUAUACUUGAUAGGCCAUCAAUUUACAAAGGAUUUUAUCAUUCGCAGCGGCUGCGAUUGCUGUCCAAUGAAUUUAGUUUGGACGCCGGUGCAGAAAAACCUGGCAUAGUACUUGAACAGACAUUAACUGUUGUUCUACAACCUCAUGGCCACGAUACUAGAAGCAUUUACUCUGAUGGGAGGUUGCUACACCCAAGUUGGUCCAUUAGUUCAAUUUUUGGGAGGGCAGUCACAGGACAAUGUGGUCUUGCCAACCUUAGCACUAUAUAUGUCGAACUUGAGAGUGGUGUAGUUUCUGCACUAAAUAAUUUAAAUGUGGAUUUGGAGAGUGGAAGACUUGGGGCUGAUGAUAUGGGCGUACAAGGUUCUUGGAGUAAUCCAGGUUUUGAGUUGUCUGUCAAACCAGAAAGGGAGAUUAAAGAGGUGAAUAGCUCUCACGGCAAGAGCUUUUCCAUUUUGUAUGAAUAUUUUGUUGACAAGUUUGGUGAUAAUGAGCCAUUUGAUUUAGGUUUUAUAUGGAAACUUCCAAUAGCUUGGUCAUGUCUUCAUUCGCCAUUUCAUGCUAGUAGGUGCUUAAUGGGAAGUGGGAACCAGAGGGGUUCUAUUGCAAUCUCUUUAAGAUCUACAGGAUCAUCCACUGAAGGGUUUAUUGGUGCGGGUGAUUUUUUUGGAGAUGUGUGUAAGGUUCGUGUUGAUAUAUUCCAAGUCGUACCUUGGUAUGUUAAAGUCUAUUUCCAUACUCUGCAAGUCUACGUAGAUGGCAAACCUGAAGUACUCAAAGAUAUACUUGAGAAAAUGCAUGUUUCUCCCUCGGAAGACAAGGUAUCUCCUGGUGUAAUGGAGAUGGUUCUGAGAUUUCCUUGCCGUAUGAAAUCAGCGUCAGUAGUCAUAGACUUCGAUAAGGGAUUUUUACACAUCGAUGAAUAUCCUCCAGAUGCUAAUCAGGGAUUCGAUAUUCCGUCAGCUGUCAUUAGCUUUCCAGACUUCGAACCCAGAAUGCAUUUUCUUGAGGAGAAUAGUUCAAGCAAGUCGCCAAUGCUACUUAAACUUCAGGAAAAAAAUCCUGUGAUUUCCUACACAGAAGUAUUACUUGUGCCUUUAGCUACUCCGGACUUUAGCAUGCCUUACAAUGUCAUCACAAUUACAUGUACGGUUUUUGCUUUAUAUUUUGGGUCACUGCUAAAUGCAUUACGGAUGCGUGUCGGAGAAGAAGAAAGAUUCUUGAAAAGCAAAGCUGCCAAUCAAACCCGUUUACUUCCUCGUCUUCUGGCCAAGUUACGAGGGAAACAACAAGAACCCACCCAAUCAUCAUCAUCUUCUUCAUCACUAAGCCCUAAGUUGAUUCUCAAAAUCGUUUUGGUCGCCGGAGUUGCUAUUGGUUGGCAUUAUUACACCGACUAUCAGAGCUCGUAGCUUACAGGCACAUCUCUUAUACAAUUUCUGCCCCAAAACCAAUCAAAUUGUAAAAUGUUGUUCCUCGGUAGAUAAAAGAUGUAUCAUCAUUGACUGUAGCCCAAUUUUGCACUUGUUUUGAGUUUGUUUAUUGAUGAUUUUAUGUAGCUCCGUGUCAAAUACUCGGGCAUCAUAUAGUCCUAAAAAUCUUACCCGACGAUAAUGUUUUUCAGACCACGGGUCAGUUAUGUGUCGCUUAUGUACUCUCAUAAAUGGCAUUCUCAAAUUGUAAAGGGUUAA